AUGGUUGGGUGGCCUAUUCUUGGUCCAAAAUUAUCUGUAUGCUGUUCAGUUAUAUCAGUAUGGGGUAUUAUUCAAUUUCUGUUAAUGGGUGCAUUUUUCUAUAUGGAAGCUGCACCAUUAUUAGAUGAUUUUGAAUUUGAACAUAAUGUAACAAAUGAACAAGUCUUUAAAGACAAUCUUUCCGAUGCAUAUAAUCAACGUGCACAUAACUGUUGGAUUGCAGCAUUUCUCUAUGUUGGUUUAUUAAUAUUUGCUGGUUCACAAUUUAUGACAAAUCAAAAACAAUUAGCAGGAACAAAUAAUCCAACAUCAAUGGCAUCACCAUUUACUGGUGUUACAUCAGAAGAGAAUGGUUUUAAUCGACAAUAUGCAAUGCAAUUUAAUGGAGAAUAG